UUACGUUGUUGAUUCGCGCGUUCGCCGGAAACGACAAAUGAAUGUAGUGCCCCGACCCCGCAGCUCGAGCGAGGCCUUGAAGCGGCGAGUGUAGUCGAUCAUCAAGCUCGCGCACGCGUCCAUGCACGAUGCAGAGACGGGUCGCCGCGUCUAGGCAACCACAGCGAUCAUCGGCGACCAAUAUAGGCUGGCCGCCGCUCGAUCAAUGCCACUCACAUUGGCCGCCAAGCCGGCCGGACGCAAGAGGGCCAGUCGCCAGUCGCGCCUUUAAACGUUCGCGGAGGGAGACAAUGCCCGCGCGGCGCGCUUUUGUCGCCGGAUUGUUUCGUGCCUCCCUGCCCGCACCAUCCUCCCCGGACUCGUUCGCCGAGAAACAGCUCGCUCGGAGAGAACUUGCGUCAGGUUUUCUCUUUCUCCCCCUUUUGUUACUCGCGAACGUCUGCGCGAACGUCUGCGCGAAUUCCGUUUGUCGUCUGCUAGCUCUCGCCGAGUGCGCGUCGUCUGCUUCAGGCGUGCUGCGCAUAGUGAUACGCCGUCUGCUUCUGAACCGGAGUUCGUCUGCUUCGAGCGCGCUGCGCGUGGAGUGAAACGCCGUCUGCCUCUAGACCGGAGUUCGUUCUCCACGCAAAUGCGCUAUGCAUUGAGUGAAACGCCGUCUGCCGUAGACCGGAGUCCCGUCUGCGCAUUGGAAUGAGUUUGCCUACUUGGAUCGAAGUACCGUGAAGACAGUUCUUGUCGUCUAAUCAGCGUGAGUUUCUUUUUCUGGUUCAGGUGCUGCAAACCGAGUUGUGUGCUCGCAAAAGGAAACGGAUGCCACCCCAAUUCUCGUGCCGCGCACUCAGUGGGCCUUGUACGGCAUGGACGAGAGUUCUGGAACAGCUGGUGCACGUAGAGUACGCGACGUCUGCAGUAUCCGGGAGUUCGUCUGCUUCACGUGCUGCACAGUGAAAUAACGACGUCUGCUAUAAACGGGAGCUCCUCUGCUCCUACUGGUAUGCACCGAGUGUAUCAACGUCGUCGGCGCUUCCACUGGAGUUCAUCUGCUUCAGGUCCCGUACAACUAAUGACUGUGACACGUAAUGGCUUGUUUUGACCUGCUUCUGGCGAUGAUGUAGUAACAACAAUGCGUCGUUCGAUUUUAAGUGCAAGUUUGUUGGCAUCGCUUCUUGCGGCUCCGUCGACAACGGAUACGUUUUUUCUUCGGGAAGCCUUGUAUCAGUCCCCUUCGAGUACGGAAUGACAGUGCUGCACGGUAUUGUCUUCUUUUUUUUAUCCACUGAGAAACUUAUAAUGGCAGCGUAUCACUUGUCUAUCUCGCUGGUCUGUUUUUGAUGAGACCUACCGGCUGACUGUACCUGCUUUAUGUUCUGUAGCUUGCCGUAUAAUCAGUGAUUCUUCGACUUAAUGCAUCAAGCCUGAGACAAAGCGCUUAUCACUCUUCGCCUUCCGGCUCAGAAAUAUUAAAGUGAGUUUGUACGACUGAUCUUAUAGCACACUUAUAUAACUCAGGCUUAACGCCUCGAGGUACUAGGCGCAGUUCUUUUGUUUCAAAGCUCGUCGCCCGCUGGUGAAGCAAAUUCAUCUCCUUGGGGUGCCGCGCAUCGUACAGCAGCGUGCUUUAGGAACAUUAUUUUCUUAUAAUAUUGUUUAUUGCAGCAAUGCAAAUUUCAGGGUUAGUUAGCACGCUUCGGGUGCAGCCUGUAUAACCUGUUCAGGGCCUGUAUAACCUAUUCGCUGCACUGUUACCCUUUGCGCAUCAUCGCUCGUGAAACUGAGUCUAGCAAUCUGGCCUUCACUUUCAUGCUACCGGCCGUUAAGCAUCGAGCAAAAACGCGUUCUUUCUCACAUUUUUUUCGUCUCAUGAAUCAAAGCGUCUGUUUCCUGCGCCAGUUCGUCUGCUCCGAUAUGCGCAACAUCACGUGGUUCUUCUGCUGCCUUGCGUCGUCUGUUCUAGAUCCGUCGUCGUCUGCUAGGAAUAUAUCUACACUGUCUGCUUGAGGCCAUGAUCGUCAAGAAACAGUUUCACUGCCUGGAAUUGUAUACUUUCUGCGGCGAACGUAUCAAUCACCUGCUGUUUUGAAGCCAACAACUGCCGCUUUUCUAUUCGCGUUCCGACAGGUGCGCUGGCGCAGCGAGUAAGUACGAGAUUCGGUUGUCUUCAAGUGUCCAUGCUGCGUUGCUUGGCUCACCUCGUGAGCAGCUGUAGUAUGCCGUGAGCUUCGUCUGUCUGGUGUUCUGUUAUUUAACGGCACUAGGCUACCAGUCCUGCAGGCUCCUCAGCUGAAUCGUUCUCAUAAUGCCGACAACCCAUUCGGCAGGUAAUGACACGGCGGUUUAGCGAAGCGUACUGUUUUUUCACAUUUGAUUGAAUCGAUGAUCCUGGACAGUCGAACAUACCUAUCAAUCCUCAUCGACGUUUUGACAGAAGCUGUCACCACCUUCGACUUUUGGCGCGCCUCUCCGGACACUUGUAUAAGGGACGCCAACCUGACUCGAUCCCAGCGCUUUCUUGAAGUCACGCCGAAGAACUGCGACCUCUGACCCUUCGUCGUGGAACUCCCCCUUCGCCCCGCAGUGUCAGUACAACGAACCUACACAAGACUACAUCACCAAACACCAGGCAAGAGUGCUUGGAGCAGCUCGGUGACCGCGAUUACGUUUCCUGUCUUCCUUGCUGACCACUACAACCUGUAUAGUUUACGGUCAGCUUGGAUGAAUUCCCCUCCGAAUUCUGCUAAUACUUCCGAUGCGUCGUGUCGACUCGGGAGUCGGGAGCCAAACGGCCAGCAGUCGCCGAAGACGAUGCAUCAAAUCAGGAGAUGUGGCAAGCAGACAGUGGGGACUACUUAUCGUGCAUCCGAUGAGCAAUCGGUCAAACAAAUGUGCGCGCGCUGGUUCCUAAUCAGCCGGUGAUUGCUGGGUUCAAACGUGACACAGACUUCCCGAGGGAGCCGAAAUAUUCAACGAGCAGACCGUUAAGAAGCACAGGUACGGAAGACAAGGACGUAACAAGCAGGCAACAUGCUGUCGUGGAUGAUCAGCCGCAAGCGGGAGCUCGACCUGCAGGAGCAGGCCAUGCGCCGCGAGCAGGAGGCCAACGCUCUCGAGUACGAGAUGAAGAGGCGGGCACUGCAGCGAGACCUGCAGGACCGGAGGAGGUUGGCCGCUACUCGAGGCACCGUGCUCUGCAUCGUGGGCUGCGGACUGGCGCUGGGCGCACUGGGCGUGGCGCUCACCACCGUCGGCGUGAUGCUCCGCGGCGGACCCUGGAAGGCGCCCUGCAUCGUGGCUGGACCGACGUGCAUCGUCAUGGGCUUCCUCGUGCUGCUGCUCUCGGUCGAGACCAUCAUCAAGUGCCGGCGGGCGCAGCGCUUCCAGCAGUCCGACUCCAAGGAGACGCUCCUGGAACGCGCUCUGCACAAGGCCACGGGAAAGACCACCAAGGACACGAACGUGGACGACGCGGCGACGCCCAGCAAGUCCAGGAGGGUCGCGCCCGGUGCCAGCGGCAGCGCUGGUGCCGCGGGUGCUGCCGCUGGUGCUAAGGGCGCGAACGCGCUACUACUGGACCCCCAGAGGCUCGUCGAGCCGUUGCAGGUUGAAGAGGGUGCUGCGGACACCUAGCCCAGGGCACCGUCCGGCUGGUGACGGUUUAUUGUGCUUCGUGGCCUACCCACUGGAGUGCACGUCUGAGAUAAUUUCGACACGCGUGGCACCUAGCUGUGGACACUGGCCGUCAUGCAUCGUUGAGACGUCCCCGUGCUCUUGGAGUGCCCUCGAGACAUGUCGAAGAGUGGCAUGGAUGCCAGCCCAGGUCUACGUGAAAUUGUGGUGGUGGUGAUUUGUUCGUCAUGGCUUCUUAAGACGGCGGGAUUUAGCGAAAUCGUUUCAAACGAAACUCAGUAAUGUGGGCGCCAGUCCCACUACCCCCCGAAGACGUCCAAAGACUCGUGGUGAUUUGGAAAGUCGUAAUGAGUGCUCUGUGCACGUCACCACAGAGCAACGUGUCGAUGGUGAUCGCUGUCAGUGUCUCAUGACUCCUUCACUCACGGAUACCGGAUACGUCUGUGGAAGCCCUUCAAGCACAAGUGUGCAGUGACGCUGGCUUCAGAUGUGGCGGCACACAUAUUUGGCAAGGAUUAUUCUGCUACCGGCCCUGUGCCUUCUUCAUCGGCGUAAGCUUCAACAAGUUUUGUUAAGCGGCCUGCCAUUUGGAUACCUUGGCAACGGUCCCUCUCUGUGCGUGGUAAGCACUGUGCGAUGAGCGUCCAUAGAAUGUAGUGUUGCGGUGAGCGUUACGGAUGCUGCCGCAAGCGAUACUUCAUGAUACCUCUGACGUCCUCCUCCACAGCGUUCUUUGAUAUAGAUGUGACGACAUCGUACAGACGAAAGUCGACGCUGUGGACAUAGGAAUAAGGACAUUCCUACCGUUUUCGUGCCAUAAAGUCACCAGAAGAUGUGAAGUAACGGGAUUAGUCACACUUGCGUGCGUUACCUACGUUACCAACGUCUGUGGAGUAACGGUUAAUACGUCAAGAGAAAAGGGUAUUUAUACGUUUUCGAUGCAUGAUCAGUGCGUGGCUUCGUAAUAGCUGCCGAGUUUAUCAGCAAAUUCUCAUCGACCCUUCGAGAACACGACGCUGAUGUCACGUUGCGAGAGGUAGUUAUCUCUGGUCUUGAUUCUUCGUCAAAAGAAAGUCAGGUGGGACUACUCGAGAUAUUCGAGAUAUUCGAGAGAUUCUCGAGAUACUGGAGUCGAAAACGAGGUGUGGCUUUAGGAGAUGCUUAUAACGGCCACAGGCUGGUUGGUAAUCAGAACGUAUGGUAAAGUUUAGUGUGGAAAAAGAAUCAGUAUAGAUCAUCAUCUAACUGCGACGAAGUUUUUUGUGUGUUUGUCGAAGAAUAAACAUGCUGAGAUCUUCGCAUGGCCGAUGUACAUGGGAAUCUCGUAGCAUAUGGAAACGCGUCGUGCGAGUUGUAAGACGCGAAGUUCUGCGUCCAACGAGCUAUCGCAUGGUACGAGCUACACUGCUCCAGCAAGAACAACGGUGCAUUCUAUGGUGCCAGUGUAAGUCGCGGUUCUUCACAAAGUCUGGUUCAUGGCGGAAACCAUCAAGCGAGUUGAGCUUCACCGUAACCUUCAUCAACGUGCGGAUACUGAUGAGGGCAUAGGUCCCCCAGAGUGCUGCAUCAGCUAUGAUACGCGCAAAGGUACGGUUUUUAAAAUGUCAGCUAUAUUUCUUGCCUGAUGACUGCAGGAGAUUUCAUAUCACACCCUCUGCAGCGUCACUAACGUUCGGAAAGCCGACUAAAGUACACCAACGUGUGCAGUACACAUCUUUGUUCACCUAUACUUUCGCCACAAUCGCAUCACGCAUCUAAGCCAGACCUAACACGCUUUUGAAGCGCUAAAGUGAAGAAACGUAGGUGCCUAGGGUUCCUAGAUACAAUGUCUCUGUGCUGGUUGGAGACGUCCACUGUGAACCAAUAUGGCGGCGAAUGAAGAAAAAGAAUGAGAGCGUGUAAAAUGACAGAGUAACCUCGUAUUUGAGGUAGUGCCUCAUCUGCGCCCGCGAUUGGAGAAAGACUCUCACAGUGACUGCAGGCCUACGACCAAGUUUUCACUUCUUGUCAAUCGCAUCACUUAUACCAUGGGAUCAAAACUCUUAAACACACUGCUGGCGAGCCGGACGAAUGUACUAUAUAUAUAACAGCGUUGAAGGCCUAACUGUGCGCUCUUUCGCCAUGUCUUUCUUGUCUCAGUUAUCAUGCUUCCGCUAAUCAGUCAUUAUCUACGAGGUAUGUACUGCGCAGCUUCUGCUUUUUCAAACACAUGUCACCGUUGUAUGUACCUGUUCUGAAGGAAAAUAAGUGUACAGACGUUUUUGUGUCCAUCACGAGCUUAAAACCGAGCGACAAACAAGAUGCCGUAUUGACCAACGCAAUGGCCUUAUACCUGUGUAGUGUCCUGAUUGGACGAAAAGUUUCAGUCAAGAAUAACGUGACCUAACCACGAGAUGUUCCGUGCACCAUCAUCAAGGUCCAGCAAGGAGCCGGUAGCUAGAUUCUUAAGAAAUAUUACGUUGCGUUUCAUGCAAGGAAAGAUUCUGUUCUCUUGAUAUGACGACUGAACCCGUGGCUAUCAAGCAAAAAUAUCAAGGAUGAAGAUCUGCGGCCAUUGCCUACGUCCAUACGGUAUUUGAAGGCCCAGCCCAGGCAUGGUGUGCCGCAGCAAACAGCAAUCAAGGCCAGUAAAAUUUAAGUAUGACCAAGUAGACUGCGCCUUCUGCGCAUUUAACACCGCGAUCACACUAGACAGGAGAAAAUGCCUUAAAGGCUACGUCCGCGAAGCUUAUGAAUCUAAACGCAGCUCCACGUGACAUGUGUGCCGCAUCUCAAAGCAAAACAACUAGUAUACUGUAGUGCUGGGGCACACGCCACCGCCCCAUUUCAAAAAGAAAUUCACUCAUAAUCGUCGUCAUUAUCAGUGCAGCUUGCAGUCUAAAGACUGUGAACUUACGUGUCGAUAGAAUAUCCAUUCUAUAGACAAUCAAGCCCAUGGCAUGUCCACGUACGUUCAACGAGCUUUACUUGUGCAUACUGAAGAAGUGAAGGAAAUCAAACAGGCUGAAUGAAUUGCAUUUUGACGUCAAUUGUUUCGGCGGAAGUUCUCCUUUGAAGCAACGUGUAAGAGUGAUCGAGUGUGACGUGGCAUUGGGUGUUAUCAGUCCGCGACCUUCGAGAAUCACUUAUCAGAAUCACCAAAGAAUCACUAAAAAUAGAUGCUGCUGUUUGCUCGCUUUCACGGGUGACCUUGAUUAGUUGUGUUGCUGCUGCUUACAUCGUGCCUGGACUUCCGUGACGCUCCUUGCGUGCGCGGACUCAGUGUUUACUUUGCGGGAGUGGACGCAUUCGUGAUAUAUAUGCAUCGUAUGCGGGUAUGUGUUCCGUCCUGUGUAUCGAUCUCUCGUGCUUUCGCGUUUCCGUCCUCCUGCGAAUUUUUUUUUCCCUGCUGGUCCCUUUGCUUGCUCUUCUUUCUUUGUCUUUAAAAGCACUAAACAGAUCGUCCAGUAUUCUGCACAUUCUGACUCAAAGAAGAG